AUGUCUACCAGCACCACCCCUCCCUUGACCGCGCGCACCUCCCCUUCCCCUUCCCCUCCAGCGUCCCUCCUCGGCACACCCAGCCCAGUCCUCGCUGCUCUUGAGCUCGAGACUCCACGUGAACGCCACCGUAUCAAGUCUGUUCUCAUGAGGGCAGGGACGUCCAAGGGCCUGUUCUUCAACGUCGAUGACCUGCCUCGCGACCGCGACGCGUGGCGCCACGUACUGCUCGCCGCGAUGGGCAGUCCCGACCCAUCGUCCCGCCAGCUGGACGGUGUGGGCGGUGGCGUGAGCACAGCGAGUAAGGUCGCGGUGGUCAGUGUGUCUGAUGACCCCGAGGCCGAUGUCGACUAUCUCUUUAUCCAAGUUCCGGUCGAUGGACAGGCACUCGAUUUUUCGGGUAACUGUGGCAACAUCGCCAGUGGCGUUGGGCCCUACGCUGUCGAUGAAGGGCUGUUCCCUGUCCAGAGGAUUGACCCACAUGAGGUGACUGUUCGGAUCAGAAACGUCAACACCAACCGGAUCAUCCACUCGACGUUUGGAGUCUACAAUGGCCACCCGAUGGAGUCUGGCACGUUCCACCUGGACGGCGUGUCCACCACCUCUUCGCCCAUUCGGCUGGACUUUAUCGACCCGGCUGGGUCCAUGACUGGUCACCUUCUCCCCACGGGGAACGUCACGGACACCAUCCAACUCGCCUCGGGCCAGGUCUUGACAGUGUCAUGCGUCGACGCUGCCAACCCUUUCGUGUUCGUCCACCGCGACGACCUCGGUUUGGACGGCAGCGAAUCGCUGGCAGAGAUUGCGACUUCCUGCACGGCGACCUUGAUGGAGGUUCGGGCCCGGAUGGCGGUGGCUAUGGGCCUUGCCUCGUCGUACGAUUCCGCUCUCCUCGUCCAAGGUACCCCCAAGAUUGCCCUCGUCGGCCCGCCAUGCAACUACACCGCGCUGGACGGGCACGCUGUUGCGGCAGGAGAGGCCGACGUGUGGGUCCGAGCGUUCUCAAUGGGCAAGCCACACCCAGCUAUCCAGAUGACGGGGGCAGUGUGCGUUGGCGCUGCGUCAGUGGUGCCGGGGUCGCUCGUCCACGACCUCGUCUCAUCGAGCACCUCCGACUCUGUCGUCAUUGGCCAUGCCAGCGGAGCGAUAACUGUCAGAGGUGAUUGCGAGACCCUCCAUGGCCAGCCCGUCAUCAAGAGUGGUAGCGUGUACAGGACCGCCCGGAGGCUUAUGGAGGGCAGUGUGUUUCUUGUAACUUUGCCACUCUCUUCCAAGCGGCUCUCCCCAAACCAUGGACGCACCGGGGCCGUCGCGCAGGAGGCGGCGCUCGCCAGAACGCUCCUCCACACCCUCGGUUUCCAAGAAGAAGGCGUGCCAAUACUGCUUCCGGCGCAAGAUGAAGUGCGACCUCGUCUCGCCCACGUGCACCAAUUGCCAGACGCAUGGCGAAGAAUUGACACGGUGGCAGCGGAGAAUACCCGUCUGCGAGACUUUCUGCGACAUCUGGCAUCGUUACCGCCCGACGGUGCCGCAGUGGCGCUCGAACAGUGGACGCAAGGAGAUACCACUGCUGUUGGGGGAGACGUCCCCAGCCUCCCCUCGCGUGCUGUGAAUCGGAGCGCAUCACCAGCUCGGCGUGUGGCUGAACAAGACUUUCCGUACCAAUCGGAUGUCGUAGGCGAGCGCGACCUCGCCGAGUCUAAUACGCCGCAGGAGGCCCCCGCGACGACUGUUGCAGAAACGGAACUCAUCGAAACCGCCACGCAGCGGUGUGCGGAGGAACGACACAUGGAGAUGAUCAACCUGGCUGCGGGGAAGCUGGACUUCGACGGUGUUCAGCCCGACCUGGCAAUCCACCUUUUGGCACUGCACUGGAACAGACAGCACUUUGGCUUCAUGGUCUCGUACCGCCCUCUGUUCACCAGGGACAUGGCGUGCGCUGGGCCGUAUUUCUCCAAGCUCCUGCUCAACGCCAUCUUCUUCUCCGUGUCCAAGUUUUCAAACCGGCCCGAAGUAUACGACAACCUCCUCGACCAGGGCUCGGCGGGAAACCAGUUUCUGUGCCGGGUGAAGGAACUGCUGGGCGACGCGCUCGACCAGUCGUCCAUACCCACCAUCCAGGCCAUGCUGCUCCUGUCCAAUUCGGUCUUUGCCCUCGGCAGGCAGAGCUCCGCAUGGCUGUAUGCUGGAGUGGCGGUGCAGAUGAUCUUCGAUCUCGGCCUGAACUAUGACUGCUCGUCUCAAGUAUGGGCUGGGUCGCUGUCGGCGGACGACUUUGAGAUUCGACGGCGUAUCGUGUGGUCUGCGUUCAUCAUUGACAAGAUCAUCUCGCUGUACCAAGGCCGGCCAGUGUCUUUUGACGAGGACAGGAUGCACGUCCCGCACCGGUUCCUCGACUGGUACGAGGAAGAGGAGCUGUGGAUGCCGUUUGCAUUUUCAGCCAACAAACAUUAUCCAGGUACCGCCGCACGAGCCGUCAGUACAUUCACUGCUCUGUGCUCCUUGUCCGUCAUCAUGGGUCGCAUUAUUACGCAGAUAUAUGCCGAGAGGGUGGUCUCGGACCCACCUGCAGACGUCUUACCGCGCCUCUCAUCGAGCCUGACCCGGUGGCGAGCGUCCUUGCCGCCGGAAAUCCAAUUUGACGUGGCCAACCCACCGUCAAAGACCCCGCCGCCGCACGUCCUCUCCCUUCACAUGGUGUUCUACACCCUCGUGACGCUGCUUCACCGGCCAUUUGUGGAGAAUGGCCACCAUCGCCGUUCGGACCCGAACAUCGUGGAGCUCAGCUGGGCGCGGUGCGAGGAGGCCGCGCGUGGCGCGACCACACUCCUGUCUCUGUACCGCUCGACAUUUACGCUCGCACGGGCGCCAUACUUGAUCUCGUACACGACGUUUGUGGCCGCCACGAUCCAUGUACGCAUUGCCGCUCAACGCGGGAUCCAGUCCGAGGCGGCACGCCUGCUCCUCGUCUGCCUGGACGGGCUGCGCGAAAACGCCGCGACCAACCCGGGCGUCAAGAAGAUGUACACGACCGUCUCCGGCCUGAUGGAGCGCCUGAACGUCGACCUGCCCAGCCCGUCCACUAUCGAGGUGCCGGCAGUAUUUCCUGUGGAUGCGGUCCUAUCGGACGACGCGCUCGAUCUCGAGGCUAUCAUAAGCUCGUUUGGCAUGACAAUGGACGAUUUGGGCGUGUACACUUCCGUCGCUGGGGACGGCGCCGACCCGAAUGCGAAUGCCCAAGUACAGCAGCCGCAGGACGUUCUGUACGGCUUUCUCGGCCUGCCCUCGGUGUAA